AUGGAGAUUGGAAACAUAUUCAUCUGUGACUAUAAGAAACUGGACGGGAUAACCACUCGUGUUGUUGAUGAAGAAAGCGUUUAUGUGGCAUCAGGCUUCUGUUUAUUCUAUUUGAACUCCAACAAGGAAUUGCUGCCAAUUGCAAUACAGCUUGCUCAAAGACCGGCACAGGACAACCCCAUCUUCCUGGCCUCAGACUCGGACAGCGACUGGCUACUGGCUAAAAUGUUCAUCAAGAAUGCGGAUUACCUCGAGCACCAGGGGAUUGAACACUUACUGAAAACUCACAUGUUAGGAGAAGUCUUUGCUAUGGCAACGCUCAGGAAUCUGCCCUCAGCCCACCCAAUUUACAAGAUGCUGAUUUCUCACUUUCGAGCCACCAUCCACAUUAACAACCAUGUCCGCAAUCAACUGUUGGGACCAGCGGGAGCUUUAAGCCUCAGCUCACUUGGCUCUGAGGGUGUCCUGGAGUUGAUGAGGAGGGGGUUGUCUGAUCUGAAAUACAGCGCCCUCUGUCUACCUGAUAACAUCAUAGCACGAGGAUUGGACACUGUCCCUAACUUCUACUACAGAGAUGAUGGUCUGAAGUUGUGGACAGUUUUGAAUAGUUUUGUGAGAGAAAUGAUAAAGCAAUUCUACCUGUCAGACCAGAAUGUGGCCGAAGACAAGGAGCUGCAGGACUGGGUCAAAGAAAUAUUCAUCCAUGGAGUCUUCGGCAACCCUUUCUCAGGUUUCCCUUCAACCUUGGAAACUACCAAUGAACUUAUCAAGUUUCUAACUAUGAUCAUCUUCACUGUAUCUGCUCAACAUGCUGCUGUCAAUAACGGCCAGUUCCACUACCAGGGCUGGAUUCCUAACAGCCCCCCACUCCUUGUCAAGCCUCCUCCAAACAAAAAAGACAAAAUAAGUAUGGAAAGCAUUGUCGAGGCACUUCCGAAUGUUGGCCAUACAGCAAUUUUCACUCAGACGGCUUGGACGAUGUCAUUCAAUUACGAUGAUGUGGUUCCUCUGGGCUUGAAUCCUGAUGAUCACUUUGACGAGGUGUUUCCAAGGCAGAUCCAGAAAGAUCUGCUGAACGAGCUGCACUUUCUUGGCGAGAAAAUUAGUGAAAGAAACUCAAAGCUAGAAGUGCCCUACAACUACCUCAACCCCUCAUACGUUGAGAACAGCAUAACCAUAUGA